GCCACGUCAGUCGAGGUCUGUAGGAACAAUUUCCGUCUGUUCCUAACAGCCAUUUGCCCGGUAGUAAUUAGUCUCAGGAUCUAGGCCUGGUUGACCAUUCGGAAAUGUGUCAUUUUUCGGCUCACUAUUAAUAACGCGCUUGGGUCUAACCAUCGCUGGCGCCCACAGUGCCUUGCCGUGGCAAGUGGUGUCUGGAACCGGCGAAUCUUCCAUUUCCUGCAAAUUGUCACGCUGUUAUUUCUAUGGCUUAGGGUGGAAAAAAUUAUGAAUGGGUUUUGAAGUGCACGUGAACUUGAGACGUGUAUACCAUCGGCAUGAGGAAGAAGUCUAGAUGGUCAUCUCUGACACCCCUCAGAAUUAAUGAAUGUAAUUCCGUCAUGACGUCAGGAAGGGCUGUUCACUUCCUUCUGUUCGUGAUUUCAUGUGGAGUUUGUGCCCUACCCAUUGUCAAGUUUGAAUACCACAACCAUGCACAGCUGACGUCAGUGAUGACGUCUCUGACAAACAUGUAUCCAGAUACUAGUCACAUAUACAGCAUUGGAAAAUCGGUUCAAGGGAGAGACUUGUGGGCAGUGGCCGUGGCGGGUAAGAAACCACACGGUCGCAUCAUAGGCAGACCGGAGGCCAAAUACGUUGGUAAUAUGCACGGAAACGAGGCUGUUGGCAGGGAGGUUCUUCUUCAUCUUAUCGAAUACCUCCUCAAGGAAUAUCGAGGUGGAAACCCACAGAUAAGGAAACUGAUGGACACCACCCGAAUCCACAUCAUGCCCUCCAUGAACCCAGACGGUUUCGAAGUGUCCAAACAGAGAUGCAGGGGUGUUGAUCUGAGAGCCAACAGCAACGGGUACGAUUUGAACCGCAAUUUCCCAGACUACUUCGAGCCGACUGUCGACCCGAUUCAGCCCGAAACGAAGGCCGUCGUCGAUUGGAUACACGGGAACAAGUUCGUUCUUUCAGCUAACUUCCACGGCGGGGCACUCGUGGCAAACUACCCCUACGACACGGGGCAACCUGGAACGGAACGGCCUAUGGACACUGCGUAUCACCAGAGUCCUGAUGAUGACGUGUUCCGAUUCCUGGCCAAGACAUAUUCAAAGGCACAUCCCAGGAUGCAUCUGGUUCAGGAGAACAUCUGCAGCCCGAACACCGACACUGGAUUCGUGGAUGGGAUUACCAACGGGGCAGACUGGUAUUCAGUCGCAGGUGGGAUGCAAGACUUCAACUACAUCUUCGGAGGUUGCAUGGAAAUCACCGUUGAGAUGUCUUGCUGUAAAUAUCCGGCCGCGUCGGAGCUUCGGGCGUACUGGGAGGAGAAUAGAUCCCCGAUGCUGGAAUUCCUGAAACAGGCCAACAGAGGCGUGAAGGGCCAAGUUUUCAACACUGACAACCGACCGAUAGAGGGCGCUAGUGUAUCGAUUGUCGAACUCAAGUCGCCCCAUCCGCAGUUCACUACCUCUUUGGGAGAGUAUUGGAAAAUACUCCUCCCUGGCUCAUACACGCUGCUAGUUUCUAAGUACGGAUAUGCCACUUCAAACCAAAAGUUCACAAUUCAUCACGACUCACCCGAUCCCGUUGUUCUGAACAUCUCUUUGUUCAGCGCGAACGUCAACCAACAUGUAGAAAACGUCACCGAUUGGACGCCCUCAACGGCUGUAGUUUGCAAACAGGCAAGGGAAACUGUGGUUGUCGUGACAAUGUUUUCGCUAUUUAUACAAGUUGGACUAGUGGGGUCUGUGUCAAGAGUGACAUGA